AUGGGGAUUAAUAAGGUGGGGAGAUGGGCGCGGCGGCCGUCGUGCGCGCUGUCGAUGAACGGGUGCGCGGCGGGGGCCGGGGACCGCGGCGCGGUGGCGGUGCGGGAGACGCGGGCGCUGCCGGCGGCGGGGGCGCCGCGGGACGCCGUGGGGCAGCUCAGGGCGGCCGUCGCGGCGCUGGAGGCCGACCCGCCGGCGUCCCCGUCGGGCGUCAUCCGCAUCGAGGUGCCGGUGCGGCAGCGAGGGGACGCCGUGGAGUGGCUGCACGCGCAGGGCUCGCUGCUGCCGCGCUGCUUCUUCUCCGCGCGCGCGCCCUUGCCCGAGCGGCCGGCACUUGCAAUCGGCGGCGGCGGCGGCGGCAACGGAAAUGGAGCCGGUGGCCUUCUGGAGCAAUGGCAGCGGCCGGUGAGCGUCGCCGGCGUCGGAUCCGCCGUCUUCUUCCGCGGGACGGAGCCUUUCUCCCUCAGCGACUGGCGCGCCAUCAAAAGAUUUCUUUCGAGAGACUGCCCACUGAUUCGCGCCUAUGGCGCUAUCCGCUUCGAUGCGACUAGUGACCACUCGGUUGAAUGGGAGGAAUUUGGAUCAUUCUACUUCAUUGUUCCUCAGGUUGAGUUCAAUGAGCUUGAAGAGAGCUCAGUUCUUGCAACAACGAUUGCAUGGGAUGAUUCACUUUCUUGGACAUGGCAAAAGGCUGUGAAGGAGCUCCAGUCAACUUUGCAGAAAAUUUCAUCCAGCUCAAUUAAGGUGAACAAUUCCACCCUGCAAACAACCAUUGCAAACCUUAAUCAUGUCCCUACAAAGGCAUCUUGGGAUCUUGCCGUUACUAAGGCUCUUCAGAUGAUCAAAGGGAAGCAAAGGGAAUUAGUAAAGGUUGUACUGGCAAGGUGUAGCAGAUAUAUUACUGACACUUGCAUUGACCCUGUUGAACUGUUGGCAUGUUUGAAGGUUGAGGGCCAAAAUGCUUAUCAGUUCUGCAUACAGCCACCUGAUGCUCCUGCAUUUGUUGGAAAUAGUCCAGAGCAAUUAUUUCACCGGAAAUACUUAAACAUUUCCAGUGAGGCUUUAGCUGGUACACGAGCAAGGGGGAAAACAACAACCGAGGACUUUCAAAUUGGUCAAGAAUUGCUGCUAAGUAGCAAAGAGGAUAAUGAAUUUACUAUAGUACGGGACAGCAUAAAAAAGAAGCUGGAGAUGAUAUGUGAUGAUGUGGUUGUCCACCCCAGCAAGGCCCUUCGGAAACUUCCAAGAGUACAACACUUGUCAGCUCAGUUAGCUGCGAGAAUAAGGAAUGAAGGUGACGAGUUUGACAUCCUAAAUACUCUUCACCCAAGCCCAGCUGUUUGUGGUCUGCCCACUGAAGAAGCGCGCCAGUUCAUUCAAGACUAUGAAAUUUUCGACCGUGGAAUGUAUGCUGGACCUGUUGGAUGGUUUGGAGGAGCAGAAAGUGAGUUUGCUGUUGGGAUUAGAUCAGCAUUACUUGGAAAAGGUCAUAGCACUUUAGUUUAUGCUGGCGCUGGAAUUGUUGAAGGUACAAAUCCGUCUUUUGAAUGGGAUGAGCUUGACCUAAAAGCAUCUCAGUUUGCAAAGUUACUGCAGUAUCAAGAACAACAUAUUUGCUUGCAAGAGGCUGAAAACAUGGGGAGAGUAAUUUGAAUUGUAACUAGAAGCUUUUGUUUUUAUGUGAAGAAGAUUGUUUUUUUCCUGCCAUGAACUUCAAAGGAUUGUGUAGCUUGUUCAAGUUCUUGUGUACCAAACCAUAUGUUUGAUCACUUGAACGCAUCCUAUAUAUGCAGCCGCAAAAGCAUAAAUUUGAGAAGACGACGACGACGAGGAUAAAACUAGCAAAGCCCGUACAAAGAUUCAAAGAAAGCAUUGAUCCAGAUCAGUAUAUCUACAAUAAUUGUAACAACUCUGUUUAGUGCAGUUGUGCAAGUGUAUAUUGAACUCCAUAGUUUUUUUUUUAGCGGCUUUGGAAUUGCUCAUACAUUCGAUUCUUGGAGUUACUUAAAUAUAACAAGCACACAUUUUUAUGAGCAUAUAUAUAUAUUU